AUGGACGCGGAUAUGUCGCAGACGUUUAGCUUUGAUGUGCGAUUCGCGAAGAGGUUUGUCCACAUUCUGGCGGUGAUGCGAAACGGGAGGACACUGUCGGUCAUCUCAUACCUGUUGUUUGUGACCGUACUGUACGAGACGGCCGCCUAUAACAUCGGGAUGAUUACCGGCAGCUAUUAUAAGGCGUUGGGCAACAAAGACAGCCACGAGUUCUGGACGCAGACCAUCAAAGCCGUGGUUCUCAUUGUUAUCAUAGCAAUGUUGAAGAGCACCAAAGAGUACAUCUCGUCCACGGUUUACAUCGAAUGGCGUCGUUCGCUAACCGCUCGGCUACUCGUCCACUAUUUCCGCGAUCGGCGUUACUAUGACCUCAAUGUGUCGUCCGAACGACGCAAAGACAAUCUCGACCAACGGCUCACCCAAGACGUGGACCUAUUCUGUAAGCAAUUGUCGCUCAUUAUCGCCGAUCUGAUCGUAUGGCCGUUUCUCAUCGCUUUCUACACAUACAAGACAUGGGUAGUGAUCGGUUACAUCGGACCCCUCGGGUGCCUUAUAUUCUUCCUGUGCUCCACAGCUAUCAACAAAGGGCUCAUAUCAUUGGUCCUACACUUUGUGUAUUUGCAACAACGAGCUGAAGGGGACUAUCGGUUCCAACACACGCGCGUCCGCAAUGAGGCCGAAAGUAUCGCCAUUCAGAGAGGGGCGGCGUUUGAAUUACACAAAACCCGGCACCUCUUCCACCGACUGUUGGCCAUUCAGGAGCGGCUAAUACUACGCGAGUUGGGCCUCAAGUCAUCGGUUUAUAUGUUUGACUACUUGGGCUCUAUCGUGUCGUUUAUCAUACUAUCGGUGCCCGUGUUUGGGGGCAAAUACGACAAUCUAUUUGCCGCCGAUCUCUCCCAACUGAUAAGUCAGUCCACGUUUAUGAUCAUGUAUUUGAUUAACUGUUUCACGCGACUCAUCGAUACGGCCACUACUUUCACGGCCGUCGGCGGAACCACUCAUCGUAUCGGCGAAGCCCUUGAGUGGCUCAACGUUGGCGGUGGCGGUGACCGCACUUUAAAGCCGGCAGACAGUGACGACGAUUUCCGCCACUCGACUCAGUUAUCGCACGUUAAUAUUCUGGAGGACAGCGGCGACCACUUUCGACCGCUAAGCCGUUCGAGUGAUUCCAAAAUGUACUGUCAAUUUACGAACGUUACGAUCAAAGUGCCCGACAGUGACCGCGUGCUCAUCAGUCGCCUCUCCUUCUCUGCCAACAGCCAAACUCGACUAUUGAUCGCCGGCGAGAGCGGAACCGCCAAGACGUCGAUUCUAAGGGUGUUGCGGGGCGUGUGGCGGGAGACUAGCGGUUCCGUCGAACGCUAUGUACCGUUUGAUGAGCCGAAAAUGGUCUUAUUUUUGUCCCAAAAGCCACUGUUGACCACUGGAUCGCUGCUUGAGCAAAUAUCUUAUCCACUGAUACCGCGAUUGAAUGGCCGACAAUUGGAUGACCAUCAAGUGGAACAGAUUAAACACUAUAUAGAUUUACUGGACUUGAAUUCACUAUUGGAUCGGGUGGGGCACGAGUUGACCCGUCCAGUUGACUGGAACUGGUCGGUGUGUCUGUCGCCGGGAGAACAGCAGCGGCUGUGUUUUGUUCGUCUCUUCUAUCACAGGCCAGUGUUGGCCGUAUUGGACGAAUCGACGAGCGCUGUGUCGCUGGCAAUGGAGCGGCGCGUAUACGAAGAGCUCCAAAAGCUGGACAUCGCGUACGUGUCGUGCGGUCACCGCCAGUCUCUGGAAGAAUAUCACCGCCAAGUGCUGCGAGUGACUGAAUCGCAGAACAUGUUGGACGCGGCCGUCAACGAGUAUACCAUCGAUGAGAUAAUGCGGUAAUAAUGGGAUGUUUUAUUAUUUCGCGGAGAG